AGCAGCAGGCUCUCACUGAACUUCUUCACAGGAAAUUGAAAGCAAGACUUUUGAAUUUACUUUCUUCACCUAAUUACAGCAAUUACAAAUGAUAAAACAGAUGGAAAGAACAAGCCAAGCUGUGACAAUAAUUUUGUGUGCAUGCAUGAUUGUUAAAGCUUUUGAAAUGGAGAUUACACCUGCCAACAGAAUUGUUGCACAGAUUGGAGAAACAGUCAUGCUUACAUGCAAUACUACUGGCUGUGCAUCACCAAGUUUUUCCUGGAGAAUCCAAACAGACAACCCCCUUGGAGGAACAGUGAGCAACCAUGGGACAUACUCUACCUUGACUAUGAGUCCAGUUAGUGUUGAGAAUGCUCAUGAUUAUCUGUGUACCGUCUUCUGCGGAACUGAGAAGAAAGAGAAGAGUGUCAAAGUUGAACUUUACUCUUUCCCCAGUGAUCCUGUCAUUGAGAUCAGCACAUCUUUAGUUGCUGGGGAGCAAGCCACUGUCAUCUGUAAAAUUCCUGAUGUGUAUCCUUCUGAUCACCUAGAAGUACUACUAAAGAAAGAGGAACAUAUUCUUCUUGAGAAAAAUUUUUUUGAAGAUGACAGCACAAAUACAGAGACCAAAACUGUGACAUAUUCGUUUAACCCCACUACUGAAGAUAUUGGGAAAGACAUUACUUGCGUGGCCAAGUUACUAAUUGCUAAUAUGGAGUUUGAACCCAAAGAAAGAGUAACUUCUCAGAAACUGAAUGCAAACUUUGGUCCUAAAAAUACUAUCAUUACUGCAUCUCCAAGCAACUCAGCAAUGGAAGGAGACUUUCUGAAACUUACUUGUGUGACUGAGAGUAAUCCACCACCACAGAUAGUUUGGAGAAGACAGGUGGCUGACAAAAGUGUUCAGUAUCUGGUGGAAAACAGUGUACUUUCUAUUCCUCAUGCCCAUUUCACUGACUCAGGACUGUACAUCUGUGAAGUAAUUAAUCUGGUGACUAAUAAAACAGAGAAAGCAACUGUGGACAUUGUUAUACAAGCUCCGCCAAAAAAUACAACACUUUCAGUUUUCCCUUCAAAUGCAGUGAAACAAGGAGAAAGUGUUGCCUUCUCUUGCACAUCUACAGGUGUUCCAGCUGUUCAGAUUACUCUGAGAAAGAAAAUAGGCGAUGUGAUCACAACCCUUGAAACACAAGGUGGCAAGUAUACCAUAGGCAGGGUUCAGCUAAAGGAUGCAGGAACAUAUGAAUGUGUAUCCAUUAAUGAACUGGGAGAGGAGUCUCAGCACAUAGUACUUGAUGUCAAAGUUCCUCCCCAAAAUAUUACUGUGUUAGUACAUCCAUCAGAAAAUGUUAAAGAAGGAGAAAAUGUUACUAUUACAUGUAGCACAUACAGUAACCCACCAUCACAGAUGGUCCUGAAAAAAGUCCAUCCAGAGAGAGAAAUUAUUCUGUCAUCAGUGAAUGGAACCUUUACACUCUACAAUGUCACCAAAAAUGACACAGGCAGAUAUUUGCUUGAUGUUUUCAAUGAGGUUGGAAACAACAUUAAAGUGAUUGAGAUAGCCGUUGUAGGAAGACUGGAAAAAACAGAUCAAAUGAUGGCUGUGAUUAUUGCAUUCUCUUGUGUAACAGCAAUAGCAAUACCUGUAGUCGCGAUUUUGAUCUACGUGUCAAGAAAAGCAAAGAUAAAUGGAUCCUACAGUCUUGUAAAAGCACUGAGGCUGAAAGUGUGAUCACGUGAAUAUAACAGUCUAAGUGGUUCAUAAUAAGCAAUGUUAUUUAUUGUUGUGUUGGCAGAGCCAACACAAUUGUUGGCUUUGCUCCUCUUCCAUAAUACGCUGUAACAAGCAAGUGGCUUGAGAACGCUACCAUUUGAUAGCAAAUGGAAAAUGUUUUGUCCUUUGAUGAGUAUUUCAGUAUGUAAAUGAAAGGAAAAACUAACAUCCUGUCUUAGAAGCAGGGAAACCACUUCUAUGUUGAAGCAUGCUCAACAAAGAGUUCCUGGGAGAACUAGGUUUGUACAUAGUGUAUAAUCUGUAUUAUAAAGAUGUUCAACUGAAUAUCAGUUUGUAAAAAUGCAGUCUUACUGCAACUGUACAUAGAAAUUUUGUUAAUUCAGAGAUAUAAAUCAGCAUUAUUUGAGCUGAUCAGAUGGUAAUAUUUUAUUUUGUAUUAUUCUACAGAGUGAAUGUUUUUAAUAUAAAUUGUCUGCUUGUGGAAAUGUUUGAAAAA